CUGCUCCUCGGAUCAGGCUUCGGUGUUGACUAAACCUCGGCCCGGCCUGGUGUUCAACACAACGGUACAGGUCUGGCUCUCUGCCCCUUGCUGCAAGUCCCGGGACCUCCCUCAGACUGCGGAGGGACAUCAGCAUCAGCGAUGAACACGUUUCCGUGCUCCGACUGCGGGAAAAACUUUAAGGGAUCCAGUGAUCUAAUAAAGCACCGGCGAGUUCACACCGGGGAGAGGCCGUACACCUGCUCCGAGUGCGGGAAGGGGUUCACCCUGUCGUCCAACCUACUGAAACACCAGCGGGUGCACACCGGGGAGAGGCCGUUCACCUGCCCCGAGUGCGGGAAGGGGUUCAGUUGGUCGUCCAGCCUGGUGGCGCAUGAGCGAGUUCACACCGGGGAGAGGCCGUUCACCUGCUCCGAGUGCGGGCAGGGCUUCACUCAGUCCUCCAACCUGCUGACGCACCAGCGAGUCCACACAGGUGAAAGGCUGUUCAGUUGUUCUGAGUGCGGGAAGGGAUUCACUCGGUCAUCCAGCCUGGUGAGUCACCAGCGAAUGCACAAGGGAGAAAGGCCAUUCACCUGCUUUGAAUGCGGGAAGGGAUUCACCGAAUCGUGCACCUUGCGGCGACACCAGCGAGUUCACACCGGGGAGAAGCCAUUCACCUGCUCUGACUGUGGGAAAGGAUUCAGUGAGCCAUCCUACCUGGUGAAACACCAGCGGGUUCACACUGGGGAGAGGCCGUUCAUCUGCCCUGAGUGCGGGAAGGGAUUCACUCAGUCAUCCCACCUACUGACACACCAGCGUGAUCACACUGGGGAGAGACCGUUCACCUGCCCCGACUGCGGAAAGGGAUUUGCUCAGUCUUCCAGCCUUGUGGCACACCAGCGAGUUCACACCGGGGAGAGACCGUUCACCUGCUCCGAGUGCGGGAAGAGAUUCAGUCAGCCAUCCCACCUACUGACGCACCAGCGUGAUCACACUGGGGAGAGACCCUUCACUUGCACUGAGUGUGGGAAGGGAUUCACUCAGUCAACCAGCCUCCUGAGACACCAGCAAGUUCAUACUUUGGACAAUAUUUAACUCUGCCUGGUGUGGAAUAUUUAAACAUCGGAGCUGCCAAGGCACCAGUGAGGUUUUGGAUUACGUGAGUGUUACUGCCACUUAUCCUCCGUCUCACUGUGCACAAGUUUGUGUUUGUUGCUGCUGGUGUGAACCCUUAUAAUUGGGCAGAGGUUUAAUAUUCCGGAUCUGCACUAAAUAAAACAGCUCUGUUUCCAGCA